UAUCACAAUCACAUGACACUUUUUGCUUCUUGCAAGCUGUACUAAAAGCUUGAAGAUGCUUAGCCAGGUAGACACAGGUGUUCUGCUACUCCUCCUGUGCUGUGUGCACGGAGCCUGGUCUCAAGGAAACUGUGUGGAGUACGCAAAAGAUGAUGAAUUGAACAUCGUCUUGUGCAUGAGCAGACCUGAAACAGUCCAGGUGAAUGAGAACACCACCUUGGAGAUAUGGACAAAGUAUAGCUACUUUGACAAUUUCACGAAUGCAACUGAAGUGACUCUGGAAUUGACGUUUGCUCAUGACAUCGUUGAUGGCCCCAGUAAUGUGACCCUCCGUGGUGGUAACAAGAGCACGGUGGUACUGUAUGGGCUGGGGGCUGGACGCACUCUCGUCUCUCUCACCUGUCCCAACAACACUGACAACGAUACCUGCCCUUUCUCAGAAGAAUACCUUGCCCUGGUUGAGCGUGAGGUGGCCUUUGUACAUUCUCUACCACUCAACAUUAUCAUCGCCAUCGUUGGCUGGAUCUACUUUGCUGCAUGGUCCGUCUCCUUUUACCCUCAGAUUAUCCUCAACUUCCGCAGACGCAGUGUGGUAGGUCUCAACUUUGACUUCAUAGCUCUGAACAUCACUGGUUUCCUCUGCUACUCUGCAUUCAACGUAGGCCUCUUCUGGAUUACCCCAGUACAGCAAGACUACUUUCUCCGUCAUCCUGCUGGAGUGAAUCCAGUACAGAUCAACGAUGUUGUCUUUGCUCUGCACGCUGUGGCUGCUACCAUAUUCACCAUCUUUCAGUGCCUCAUCUUUGAACGAGGAGGUCAGAGGGUGUCCUACUCCGCUAUGCUUCUGUUGACUGCCAUGUGGUUGGUGAUAUUCAUCAGCCUGUUUGUGUCAGUGGGGAACAAGCUGUCCUGGCUCGACUAUCUCUAUGUCCUCUCCUACGUCAAACUGGCCGUAACUCUCGUCAAAUAUGUGCCUCAGGCUUGGCUUAAUUGCAAGCGCAAGAGCACUGAGGGGUGGAGCAUUGGUAAUGUGCUGCUGGACUUCACUGGAGGCAGUUUCAGUAUUCUCCAGAUGUUCCUUCUCUCCUACAACUAUGAUGAUUGGCAGUCCAUAUUUGGCGACCCCACCAAGUUUGGAUUGGGUGCGUUCUCAAUCAUCUUCGAUAUUCUCUUCAUCAGUCAGCAUUACAUCAUCUACCCUAAGAGAAAAAGAAAUAAGAAGAAGCGAUUGGAGUCUAAUGGUUCAACUGAGGAAACUGCCCCUCUAAUCCAGGACAAGAUCAACAGCACACCUACAGAAACUAAGAAAGGACUAAAGAAAUUUUUCGCAUAAAUAUAAUUAUCGUAAUUAUUAACUUAAUAUUUUGUCAUUUUUAUACAGUAUGCUGUUUUAUGGUAUACCUAUUAUUUUUGUUG